UCAAAACAAAUACAAAAAAUUUUCAUGGAAAAAUUCAAUUAUGACUGAAAACCAAUGCAGAGUAUGUUUGAAAUUCAUCAAGUGUCCUUUUAAGCUGAACGACACCAUUCAAGAAAUGUUAAUUUGGCAAGCUCUCAACAAAAUUGCCGAUAUUUCAGUCGCCGUUGGAGAUCCUUUACCACAAUCCAUUUGCAGUUCAUGUUAUUCAAGGCUGGAUCUUGUUGUGCAAUUCCGAAAUGAAGUAGAAAAAAAUGAUAAAAUCCUCCAACAAGAGAUAAUUUCAUGUAUCAAGACUGAAGAUGAGGAUUUUGAGGCGAAAGAGCUCAAACAGGAAGAAAUUUUUGAACCACCGUUAGUACAAAGAUCUCGCAGCGGUAGAAUAAUCAAGCCAAAAAUUACUUCAUUUGAUGAAAAUGCCGAAAAAAUGACAAAAUCUGAAAAAAUCUUGAAGAAAGAGUCACUUCAAAAGCCUGAAAUUGAAGUUUUAUCAUCGACAAAACCAAAAAAUCUAAAAACUCGUCAUCAAAAAGGAACUUUUCCAUGUUGCAUUUGUCGAACGGAAGUUUUUCCCUUAGAAUCUGAUCUCAUUUCUCACAUAAGUUCAUGUCACAUGUCGAAAGUGAACGAAAACGAAAGUCUCGAGUACCCAAAAGAUCAUCGUUACAAAUGCAAUUUUUGCAAAACAAAGUUUCGAUUGAAGAAAUCCAUCACAGAACAUGUUGGAGAUGCUUCAUAUCUCGAACCAAAGAAGGAUCGACAAGAAGAAUAUCAGAAAAGAAAAUCAAAACUAACGGAAGAGACGCUAGAAGCAAAAAAUAAAGAGGAAAAAGUCGUUUGCGUUUAUUGCGGCAAGAUAUUUUCGAACCGUGCACGCCAAAUUGAACACGAAUUACGAGCACAUGCCGAAAGUUAUCCAAUUGUAUGUCCUCAUCCGGGUUGCGAUAAACGAUUUGCGGGAGAUUUGAUCCUGAAAAGGCAUUUAUUGUGUCAUGGCGAGAAAAAAUUCUCAUGUGAAGUUUGUGGCAAAAAAUUCCUGAAAAGAAAGAAUUUGGUCUCUCAUUCGUACCUUCAUCAAGACGUCAAACGAUACCAAUGCGCUCAUUGUCCACGAACAUUCACAUAUCGAACGGUUUUGAAGCAACAUAUCGAGUCUCAUAUGCAAUUAAAAGUAUUUCCUUGCCUUCAAUGUUCGAAACAGUACAAAUGGUACAGCGAUUUGCAGAAACACAUCAAGUACGAACACUUGAAUGAUCCUCCUUACAAAUGCAUUUACUGCUCAAAAGGAUAUUUUAGCAGUUCAAGUCGUAAAUAUCAUCAAGAACGAUGCGCAUUGAGAAAUCAAUGUUGAAAAAUUUCGAUUUGAAUUAAAUUUAACGAAAUUUA